UCGCCCUGGCGGGGAAGCCCUGGGAGCGAACACAGUCCCCUGUAGCAACACUCCACUCGGUGAGGAGCUGCAGCGCAGGAGCACCCCAACAACCAGUGAUCAGGACGAAGGAGCCAGAGGCACAUCUCCAGCCAGCCACUGGCCAUGCCGACUUCCUUAUGGGCGCCCAGCUGGCCCCUCAGCGCGUUUGGGGUGCUGCUGUUCCUGGCCGCCUUCAUGAAUGUACAGCACAGAGGUGCGGGCGCCCUUCACCCGGGAGUCAAGUCCCAGAACCUGCAGCAGUCGAGUAGAACGAGGAAGAACACUACUCAGUACUACACAGCCUGGGACCGCCCCAACUGCACUUCCGCCAGGGUGGAGGUGCCGCUGGGCUCCAGAGCCGUCGUGGACUGCCGCAUCACCACCACUUUCUCCGGAGUCUCGGUCAGGCACUGCGGCCCCGGGCAGCCCUGCCGGACGAUUUUCUCCGUGAAAACCCCCGGAAACUUCACGCACGGCUGGUGGCAGCUCCGGGUCCAGGAAAGGCAGGCCACGCUGCUGAUCACGGAGGCGCGAGCCACGCAGGCGGGGAAGUAUGAGUGGAGGCUGGAAGGGCUUCAGCUCAGCUUUAUGACCACCACGCUGAACGUCACCGACCCCCUAAUCGUGGACAGUGCCCUGGAGAGUGUCAACCCCCCACUUAAUGUGAAGGAUGGGCCCCUGACCCCUGCUGCCCAGAAGUCCCUGCAGGCGCCCCAGUACAUGGCCAUCCUUGGGGGGGUCUUGCUGCUGAUUGUGGUCUUGGGGUUGUUGUUCGGCUGCAAACAGAAAAGGCGAUGCUACACUGCCAGCUGUCCCAGUGGCCUCACCAAACUCACAGCCCUGCCCAGCCUCAGCCCCUGGGAACUGCCACAAGACCAAGAGGCCCUUCCUCGCCAGGCUGCCUGGAUCUCUGACCCCUGGGGCCCCUGCCUCAACUGCAAACACGGAAAAUACCAACACGUGUGGCUUCCGUGUCCCUCACCAAGGCAGCAAGGCUCUUGUACCCCUGACAAGGUGCAGUAAAGGCUGCCCCAGGCUCCCCACUGUGUCCGGGUGUGAACAGGAGCAGA